CACGAAAUAUAAGGUGCAGCUUGUUUUCUUUCCGUCACUCCUCCAUAUAUACAUGUUCAGUUCCCAAUGAGUUCCUUAAAUUUGUCUUUAUGGAAAUGCCAUUUGCACACGACAACUAUUUGCAUUUCUUUGCAUUUCAUUUGCAAAAAUGUAGUCACAAGCCAGUGAGUUAAAUAUUUACCACAACAGUAUGUCAGCUGUAUAGAUGUUUAGAUAGAGGUUCAGCUUGUUUCCUUGCAUCACUUUUAUGUCCUCACAGAAAUCAGCUUUUUUUUUUUUUGGCCUCGUUAUUUUCUGUCUGUCUUCUACCACCUGUCUUUUUGUCUCUUGUUUCAGCAGUGAGGUCAGCAACCAAUCCUCCGCUCAUUAUACUGUCUGUCAGACUUCAGCUUAUGCUCCCAAAAGCCGCCAAUAAUCCACAUAUAGUCCCUCUCCUUCUUUUCCAAAUCAUGCCCCUGCACAAACACAUUUUAGUCCAAGUCAUUCCUCUGUCGCCCCUUAUAUAAAGCUCUGUUCCCCCUUCAGUUGUUACUGCUCUUGUUUUCAUCAGCAGUGGACGUCCUUCUCUUUUGCUGUUCAGUUUUAUAUUCAUGGUUUCCUCUCCAGUGCCAUCAUGUCUGAUUUAUAUGAUCACGGAGGCCAUCAGGAGGAAGAAGAUGAGGAGCAGGGAGAGGGAGAAGAACGCCCCAAAUACAAGCCAAUGACCACACAGCUCGCUGCCCCUAAAAUCCCUGAGGGAGAGAGGGUUGACUUUGAUGUAUGUUCCUUCAAGGACAUCCACAGGAAACGGAUGGAGAAAGAUCUUCUGGAGCUGCAGACUCUGAUUGAUGUCCACUUUGAGCAGAGGAAGAAAGAGGAAGAAGAGCUGAUAGGACUCAAAGACAGGAUUGAGAGCCGGCGGGCAGAAAGAGCCGAGCAGCAGCGUGUGAGGGCUGAAAAAGAGCGGGACAGACAGACACGGAUUGCGGAGGAGAGACAGAGGAAAGAGGAUGAAGAGGCCAAGAAGAGGGCAGAUGAUGAGGCCAAGAAGAAGAAAGUGUUGUCCAACAUGGGGGCUCACUUUGGAGGCUUCCUGGCCAAGGUAGAGCAGAGGAGAGGCAAAAGGCAAACUGCAAGGGAAAUCAAGAAAAAGACUCUGACAGAGAGACGCAAGCCACUGGCCAUUGAGAACCUGAGGGAGGAUGGCCUGAGACAGAGAGCCAAGGAGAUGUGGGAAUGUAUCUACCAGCUGGAGUCAGAGAAAUUUGACCUGACAGAGAAGAUGAGGAGGCAGAAGUAUGAGAUCAACGUCCUCCUGAACAGAAUCCAACAUGCUCAGAAAUUCAAAAAGGUCCAUGGUAAGGGAAAGGUUGGAGGACGCUGGAAGUAAACUAUCACAGGAGGCACAAAGAAAAAACGACGGUUCACUGGUUCCAGGACAAGGCUGC